UGGCAGUGGUUGCAUAGUGGUCGCCUGGGGAUUGUGCCUGUUCGGAUGCAGCGUUGUGCCGCCUGCUUGACUAAGGGGACGAUACUUGGAGCGAACCAGUUCGGGAUAGAGGUGAGGGUGGUGAUGGCAAUCAUGAGGUGUCUGUGUGUGUGUUUACUCAUCGCCAGGCACGCGGUGCCCGUGUGGAUUGGUGGAGAUGGCGAGCAUGGGCCCCAGUCAAGCAUUCGUGUACCUGCAUGGUAG